AUGCCUGCCGAGCAGCAGCAGCAGCAGCGAGAAGACGGGUGCGGUAGCGUUGGUGUUCCCCCUUCUGAGGCCUUUGAAGGCUUGGCGAAAUCUUAUCACGGGUGGGUGCCGAGAAACGCCAAGGCCUGGAUUGCACCGAAACACGUCCACGUUGACCGCUGUGAGGUGAGCUUCUCCCUGACUACAGCCCAUGGUCGUCACGGAUAG